AUGGACGGUGUUAAUUUGAGGAAGAAGACGCGGAUUCCGGCAAUGUACGACUCAGAAGAUAGUUCUGAUGACAUCGACACCCGGGACGUUAUCGUUCGUCACAGCCGGUCUUCGUCGAAGGCGCUGCUAGCGGACGCGGGCGAUGGCGCCGAGGCGGACCUGCUCGGCACCACGCCGCCACGCUCCAGGAUCAGGAACAAGGAGAAAAGGAACUGUUCCAGCGACACCCGGGACGUUAUCGUUCGUCACAGCCGGUCUUCGUCGAAGGCGCUGCUAGCGGACGCGGGCGAUGGCGCCGAGGCGGACCUGCUCGGCACCACGCCGCCACGCUCCAGGAUCAGGAACAAGGAGAAAAGGAAAAACCUGAUAGAUUGUGGUAUGACGAGCUACGGCGUCGGAGCCACGAGGACGUUUCGGGAGAGGAAGGACCCAAUGGACUUCACGUCGCCUUCCCAGAUGCCUCCAGUGGCAGAGCGUCUGAAGAAAAGGGCCAGCUUGAAGCUGAUACGGUCCAAGGAACGAGACUGGAAGCAGCAGGACUCCAGCCAGCGCGAGAUAAAGGAAACCCCACCUGCUGCACCAGCCGUGGCUACUCUGGUUGAAUCAUGCAGCCGGUUCAUGUCGCUCACAUCCCGGCCGAAAUCUGUGGUCCCGGAUGCGCUGGAGGCGGAGGUGGAAGAGCGAAGACCGGACCGGGACAAGGAGCUGCCCGAGGACCGCGUCAACUUCCACAACACCUUCUGCAUGCUCAUCAACAUGGGCAAUAUCGACAGAGGGUGUAAGAGGACUAUCAGCCGAGAAGAGAAGGUUUGGCAGAAUGAGCUCAAAGACCUUAUCUGGCUGGAGCUGCAGGCUCGAUGUUCAGGCAGGACCCUGGCCCAGCAGGACAUGUACCUGUGCAGCGAGAGGAAGCUGGUGCCGGCGCUCAUCAACAAUAUUAUGGAAUACCAAUUCGUGAACACAAACCCUUGUCAAAGUGAAUCAAAACUGCACUUCAUGGGACACCAUGACGAUCUUAUUGAUGAAGACAAAUGUGCAGCUGAAGACCAAAACGCGGGCUGCCUGGAGUUCGACUGCCAGCAGUGCUCGGAGGCGAUCGGCGCCGCGAUGCGCGACGUGUACUCGCUGCUCGAGGCCUUCAACAACGCCGUCGCGCUCUACCCCUCCAGCAAGGCCAUGAUGGCCGACCACCCGCAGAUCGCCACCAAGGCCUUCGACAAUAGGGUUAAGACGAUGUGCCUGUGGUUCAACCUGGCGCUCAACAUGCGCCUGAAGAUGGCGUCGAUGCGCGCCAUGUUGCGCGCGCUGCGGCUCAAGACGGAGCGCAGCCACGCGCGGACUGCCGAAAUGCGCAGGUACCGAGACCAUGCACACGCUACGGAAUCAAACCUGAUAGAUUGUGGUAUGACGAGCUACGGCGUCGGAGCCACGAGGACGUUUCGGGAGAGGAAGGACCAAAUGGACUUCACGUCGCCUUCCCAGACGCCUCCAGUGGCAGAGCGUCUGAAGAAAAGGGCCAGCUUGAAGCUGAUACGGUCCAAGGAGCGAGACUGGAAGCAGCAGGACUCCAGCCAGCGCGAGAUAAAGGAAACCCCACCUGCUGCACCAGCCGUGGCUACUCUGGUUGAAUCAUGCAGCCGGUUCAUGUCGCUCACAUCCCGGCCGAAAUCCGUGGUCCCGGAUGCGCUGGAGGCGGAGGUGGAAGAGCGAAGACCGGACCGGGACAAGGAGCUGCCCGAGGACCGCGUCAACUUCCACAACACCUUCUGCAUGCUCAUCAACAUGGGCAAUAUCGACAGAGGGUGUAAGAGGACUAUCAGCCGAGAAGAGAAGGUUUGGCAGAAUGAGCUCAAAGACCUUAUCUGGCUGGAGCUGCAGGCUCGAUGUUCAGGCAGGACCCUGGCCCAGCAGGACAUGUACCUGUGCAGCGAGAGGAAGCUGGUGCCGGCGCUCAUCAACAAUAUUAUGGAAUACCAAUUCGUGAACACAAACCCUUGUCAAAGUGAAUCAAAACUGCACUUCAUGGGACACCAUGACGAUCUUAUUGAUGAAGACAAAUGUGCAGCUGAAGACCAAAACGCGGGCUGCCUGGAGUUCGACUGCCAGCAGUGCUCGGAGGCGAUCGGCGCCGCGAUGCGCGACGUGUACUCGCUGCUCGAGGCCUUCAACAACGCCGUCGCGCUCUACCCCUCCAGCAAGGCCAUGAUGGCCGACCACCCGCAGAUCGCCACCAAGGCCUUCGACAAUAGGGUUAAGACGAUGUGCCUGUGGUUCAACCUGGCGCUCAACAUGCGCCUGAAGAUGGCGUCGAUGCGCGCCAUGUUGCGCGCGCUGCGGCUCAAGACGGAGCGCAGCCACGCGCGGACUGCCGAAAUGCGCAGGCAACCAUCCGACCCCCCUCGAGAGUGCCAAGUGCGGUUCACGACUCCCACGGACUCGAGCGGAAGUGACCUCAGCGCCCAGUCCGACGUCACUAAGGAGGAAGACAAGGACAGUGACCACAAGGAGGGACGGGACGAGGAUGAAGUCGAUAGCGGGGUUGAGAGCACUAGGACGAACGAGGCCGCCACGACGCCCGAGAUCGUGGUGUCGUGCAGCGCGUCGGAGUACAGCGAGGCGGAGUGGGCGGAGUCGCGCACGCACGGGCCGGCGUGCCUGCACGGCGACGGGUUCGACCUGGGGCCGCUGCACGACAUCACGCAGCUGCAACUGCUGGACCGCUGCCGCGUCUCCGUAUACAGAGAACACCAUCGUGAGAUCUUGAAGACGCAAAGCGUGCGUCGUUGCAUGAUGUUCAUCGCCAAAAUGAAGAAACACAUCCUGAGCAAAGUCCAUCUCACUCUGGAGAAACCAGAUAACUUGAGCAGCGACGUGUAUUCUGAAGACGAAAAUGUAGUAUUCGGUGAUGAUGACGAGAACGAAGAGUCGCUGCAGGACGAGAGCGCAAAAGAAGCAUAUGAAUUGAGGCGGUAUGGGUGCUGGUCCAAAGAACACAUUGCCAUGAGGUUGCCGUCCUAUCGAUCUCACUUUCUGCUGCUGAGCAGCAUCUGCAUGGAGGCCGUCCACGACUACCUUUCAUUUAGGCUGGAAACGCGGCCGGAGAAUCCGUCCUGUUUAACUGUUAAACAGUUGAUCCACGAGCUGAAGGAGGGUCUGGACAUCUCGUCGGACAUGCGGCUGGAGUGGGUGCGCAACGUGGAGGCCAGCGUGGCCGACGCGCGCGCGCUGCAGCCGCGCCACGUGCGCCAUCUGCGCACGCUGCUCAGCAUUUUCGACCACACCGCCGGCGACGUGCUCAAGCAAUACCUGUCGUACCUGCGGAUGAUGUCGGAGACGGAGCAGCUGGCGCGGUCGUGGCUGCAGGCGGAGUGGGAGUUCACGGCGCGCCUGGCGCAGCGCACGUGCAGCGCCGCCAGCCUCGCGCCGCAAGCCUUCACGGACAUAGCGUGUAACCAGCUCAACAGGGUACACAAAUCACUCCAAAAAAAAUUCGAAGAGUUAUUGGACGUUGAGAGCGUGGAGGCCGACAGCACCAGCAGACACACGGUGUUCGCGGCGUGCCGGCUGGCGCAGAGCAUCUACGCGGGCGAGCGCGAGGCGGCGCUGCAGGCGGCGCAGUGGGCGCGCGCGCUCGCCGCCCGCCUCGCGCGCCUCGCCGCGCACGCGCCACACGCCCCGCACGCACACCUCGCCAUGAGGCAACAGAUCUUCGAGAGCCUGAUGACAGUUCGUGACUUCGUAGUAAAGAACGUGCACGAGAUCCUGAAGAAAAGCGACGCGCCCGUGACGGACGAAUACUUCAAAGAGUUGGACGAGAGCGUCAGCGGGCGCGUGCGCGAGCUGCUGCUGCAGGUGUUCAAGGUCGGCUUCGAGCUGGACAAAGAGCUGUACAAGUAUGUGCGCGCGCCGUUCAGUGCGUACGAGGAGCGCGAGUCGCGGCGGCGCCGGCCCGCGUCGCUGCAGCCGCCGCGCCCGCCGCCCGUGUCGCGCCGCCGCCGCCCCGACACCGUGCUGCUGCACGAAUCCUUCAACCCCAUGAUCCACAAAGAGCUGCAGAGGUUCGUGAACGACGCACCUCUCAGCCGACCCUCGGUGACCACCAACGCCACUCGUAGCCACUGGGCCAAGCUCAUUCGGUCAGAGAGCGUGGUGGAGGAGAAUGAAGUCAAUGUAUUCGACGCACUCAAUAACUUCGGAGAAAAUCAGACUCAGUCCCGCAUAGAGGCGCUGCUGGUGGGCGUGCGCGCGCCCGCGCCGGCCGACUCCCACGCGAGCGCCGGCGACGCGCGCGUGUCGGGCGAGGAGCGGCAGUGGGCGGCGCGGGUGGCGCGCGCCGUCAUCGAGUUCGCGCGCUGUUGGAUGGACUUCGUGGUGCGGCGCUGCGACCGGGGCAGGGGCACGCGGCCCAGAUGGGCGAGUCAAGGCCUAGAGUUCCUAACGUUGGCCUGCGACCCCUGCAACACUAAGCAUCUAAGCGAAGAGGAAUUUAAGGAAUUAAAACAGCUGAUGGACGGAUGCAUCUCCCACGUGAUUGGGUCGAGACCUCCGCCCGCCAAAUCUCCAGAAGGACCAGCACCUUCGCCACGACCUCGACACCGUCUACAUAGUCCCCUGCCAUCGUCCUCGUCACUUAAAGACGUGAGUACGCCCCCAACACCGCCUGGAGAACGGGAACCUUCGCUCGUCUUCCUAGAGAGAGAUCCGUCCUCGUACCAGCGUCGCGUGUUGUCGGCCGUGACGCGUAUAGAGCAGCGCCGCGAGCGGCAACUAGUCGAGAACAAGCGCGUGGGCCGCGUGCUGGAGCCCGCCGUCACUCCCUACGAGCCCAAACUCAGGCAGCUCACCUUCAAGUGGCAGCGUGGGCUCAAAAUCGGUGCUGGAGCCUUUGGCAAGGUAUACACGGUGGUGAACACGGAGAGCGGCCAGCUGCUCGCGAUGAAGGAGCUGAGCGUGGGCGCGGGCGACCGGCGAGCGCUGCAGCGCGCCGCCAACGAGCUGCGCGUGCUCGAGGGCGUCGUGCACCCGCACCUCGUGCGCUACUACGGCUGCGAGCUGCACCGGGAGGAGCUGCUGCUGUUCAUGGAGCUGUGCGUGGAGGGCUCGCUGGAGGCGCUGGUGUGCGCGUCGGGCGCGCUGCCGGAGCCGGCGGCGCGGCGCUACACCAAGCAGCUCGUGUCGGCGCUGCACGCGCUGCACGCGCGCAACAUCGCGCACCGGGACGUCAAGAGCGGCAACAUCUUCCUCACGAACGACGGACACUGCCUCAAGCUGGGUGACUUCGGAUGCGCCGUCAAAAUCCGCGCCAACACCACCGCGCCGCACGAACUACAAGGAUUCGUCGGCACGCAAGCGUACAUGGCGCCGGAGGUGUUCAUGAAGAACAGUCACGGACGCGCCGCCGACAUCUGGUCGCUCGGAUGUGUCGUCACUGAGAUGGCUUCCGGAAAGCGCCCAUUCCCGGAGUACGACAACUACCAGAUAAUGUUCAAGGUGGGCAUGGGAGGACGGCCCGAGAUACCCGACACGCUCUCCGAGGAGGGACAGCAGUUCUGCGAGAGUUGUCUCACGCACGAGUCCGACCAGCGGCCCACCGCUGCCGCUUUGAGUCUUCACUCAUUCCUAAUGGUAAAGUCGGACGACGACUGCCAGUGCGACCCGGGACACCUGAUCUCGUAACGCGUAGCGCCGCAAUUACAUGUUAAUAUAAUGUAAUUAAUAUUUAUCGACGCUUCAAUAUUUAAUAUGCAACUAUGAAAUGGCAAUGUAUCUAGGUGCAAUCAAUAAAUAUUUUUGUUUUA